GGGAGGCACGAGGCCAGGUUCACUAUCGCUGGGAGGAGAGAGACACUGGGUACUCACCCACUCAUUCGAAUCAGAUAGCGGAGAGCUCACAACCACCACCUCUCCCUAUCUUGGAUAAAGCAUAACUGGACACCCCUUCGCCCAGGAGAAGCGGUGCAAUUUCAUCGAAGAGCUCACGCUAAAGCAUUUUUUCUCAAUUACAAAUCCCAGGUCCGUGAGGUGUGUGUGAUCGUUCCCAGCAGAAGGAUGAGCAGCUUUGAUUUGGUUGAGCUGCUGGACACUUGGGAGGACCUGAACCUCACGGGCCUCCUGGAGAACGGGACGCGUGUGGAGAUGGUCGGGUGUCCAACAGCGUUUGACCGCAGCGCCCUGCUCCACUCCAUGUGCAUCCUUUACAUCUUCAUCUUCGUGGUCGGUUUGGCCGCCAACGGCCUCGUCCUCUGGGUCAAUGUCCGCUCCCAGCGCACCACCUCCAGCUCCUCCCCUCGCCAUGAGACCCACCUCUACAUCGCCCACCUGGCGGCGGCUGACCUGUGCGUGUGCGUCACGCUGCCUGUGUGGGUGAGUUCCCUGGCGCAGCAUGGCCACUGGCCCUUCGGCGAGGUGGCGUGUAAGCUCACCCACCUGCUCUUCUCUGUUAACCUCUUCAGCUCCAUCUUCUUCCUGGCCUGUAUGAGUGUCGACCGCUACCUGAGCGUGACACGGCCCGCCGACAGUGAGAAUGGGGGCCGACGCCGGAAGCUGAUUCGCCGCAGCGUGUGCGUAGGGGUGUGGCUCCUGGCUCUGGUGGCCUCCCUGCCCGAUACCUACUUCCUGCAGGCGGUGAGGUCAUCACACGGGGAGGUAGUGCUGUGCAGGCCGGUGUACCCAGAGGAACACUCCAGGGAGUGGAUGGUGGGAGUUCAGCUGAGCUUCAUCCUGCUUGGUUUCGUUCUACCCUUCCCUGUCAUCGCUCUGGCCUAUGCCCUCCUGGCCCAAGCCCUCUCCUCCUCCUCCUGUUCCUCCUCGGCGGUGGAGCAGGAUCGCCGUGUGAGUCGCAGGGUGAUCCUGGCCUAUACCGUGGUAUUCCUGGGCUGCUGGGGGCCCUACCACGGAGUGCUCCUGGCCGAUGCCCUCUCCCUGCUGGGCCUGGUUCCUCUGAGCUGUGGGCUGGAGAACGCCCUCUACGUGGCCCUGCACCUCACCCAGUGUCUGUCCCUGCUCCACUGCUGCUUCAACCCCAUCCUCUACAACUUCAUCAACAGGAACUAUCGCUAUGACCUGAUGAAGGCCUUUAUCUUUAAGUACUCAACACGUACAGGCCUGACCAGGCUCAUAGAGCAGCCCCACGUCUCUGAGACAGAGUACUCUGCCGUCGCCAUGGAGAACCCACCACAGAUCUGAGACUGAACUCUAGAGCACACCCUGGAACUUCAGAACACACCACAGAACUCUAGAACAUAGUCUGUCCACCUGACCCAAAAUGAUUGAAAUGACCUAAAAUGCAGUAACCCAUGAUAACCUAUAUAGGCUAAAUUUGGGCCCUCACAUCAGAACAAAAUGAAAUAUGUGUCUUAACAACUAGAGCAUAACAAAUAACCUUGCCCAAAGCCUAGGCUGUACACAAACUUCAUCACUGCCACAAGUAUGUGUGCCCUCAUCUGAAGCAAACCAAACAUUAUUUAUAAUCCAACAUUCCCCUCACAGAAGCUACCUGGGUAUUUCUCCUGCUACCGUGCAUUCCUAAUAAGGAUGGUGUGAGGGACUGCAGUUGCAGGCCAUUAUCAACUCAAACUAAUGAUGUCUGGAGAAAAGCACUUAUAUUGAGUGGAAGAGUAGAUUUUCUGUCUGACAAACAGACUGUUCUAAAGUGCUUCUGAAGUAGUGCCAUUGUAGUCAUGGCGACACAGACACACUCUCUCUCUCAAUCUCUCUCUCUACUUCAAGACAUACCAAUCCCAGUUUGUCUGUCUGAAGAGUCCUAUAUAACUGCUAGAGGUGUGUGUAUGUGCGUGAGUGCGUGUGUGUGUGUGUGUGCUUGUGUGACACCUCAAAAUCCACUUUGUAAAUAGUUAGAAGGGCAUUGAAAUACAUAUAUUAUAAUUGUUAGAUUGUUAUUAUUCAACUUUCUAUAUACUGUAUUUUUGUACAUAUUAUAAAAUACUUUCACAUUUGGCAUUGUUUAUGUACAGAUGUAGGAUCUUAAUCACCACAUAUUAAUUUACAUAGAUUUAUUGAAAACCACUAACACAUGCUUAUGAGACCCACCGCCUCGAUUUGGUCUUAUGUAACAACAUUUUAAAUUGUGUUUUUUUACAUUGGAUAAAAUGGUAUACUAUACACUGCAGUUGAGAAAAAAAUGGGGAAGUAAUUCUGCUUUGAAAGUUGAUAAACUUGUAACCCCACUUUUGAGAAAAUGGCCCUUGAAUGGUUUGGUACACCUAUUGGAGAGCUCUUCUUUGUCUACUCAUAUUCAGAAGCCUUAGCUCUACCCAUCUCUUUAAGGAUUCACAUGUGAGGCCAUGUGCUAAACAGAGUGAGUUAGGUAGUGUAGUAAACAACCAAAGAUUUCAAGACUAAAAGUGGUUUAAGUAGUAGCCUAAAAGAAGGAAAAACUCCAGGUAAAAAUACACUUUAUCUAGUCCUUGGCCUAUAUCCUAACCUAACUUUGAAAGUGUCCAGAUAAUGAUAUUUUAUAAUUAUAAGUUGAUGAUUACCCAGACAUUUGUCUAAAUUAAGGGUCAUGUGAAAUAAAUGCUAUAAACACCCCCCAGACACUUCUAACUAAGUGGAUGGGUCACUACUGUCUGUUCAUGAAAUCACCCCCAGACACGCCUAACUAAGUGGAUGGGUCACUACUGUCUGUUCAUGAAAUCACCCCCAGACACACCUAACUAAGUGGAUGGGUCACUACUGUCUGUUCAUGAAAUCACCCCCAGACACACCUGGCUAACUUGAUCGGUCAUGAUAUAAUUCUCUUGCGAAGUGAGAAUGCUAGUUAAUUAGCUAAACAAUAAACCAUAAUCCCACCCAUAGCUACAGUACAAACGGAUUGUCAUAGCAAGCCACCAUAGAUGAAAUGCAUGGAUGAACGCUUCACGGCAGCUUGUCUUUUCCGUUUGGUUUGUAGUUAACUACAGCUUAUUUUUCCCGUUGUUGUGUCAAGUCACUCCAGUUCACACUGACCGUGUGCAGAAAGUAGUCCAUCACAACUUUUUUCCACAGAUCUUAGUCGAUAGCUCCUGAUAAAUUCUGGGCAGCAAUGUUGUUGAGAGCAGUAGCAGCACUUUCAUGUUAUAGACAGAAGCAUGCUACAUGGCAGACCAAUCCCAACUAAUUUCUCUGCAUGUCCAGCCUAUUCAUUAUCUCAGCCAAUCAUCGCUAGCGGGAAGGUUCCUGUCUUCUUCCGUAGCUAAAACAACUAGGCUUGUAAUUUAACCAUUUUAUUUGUAUUUACAGAUGGCAUACACAUUUGUUAUUAAGGCACAUGAAAGUUCACACAAAAAAACGCAUUUUGAUAAAAAUAAAAAUAAACUUUCAAAUACCUCUUAUGUGAAGUAGUGAUGUAUGACAUACGCCUAGCUUCUUGAAAUGGGUCAUAUACUGUAUGAACAGUAUCGCACUCUACAUGUCUAGCUAAUAGUCUAACCACCGACCAAGCACUAUGGACUAAACAUUCAAAUCCUGUUACUGCGGGAUUAUUUUGCUAUGACAAACUGGUCAAUUUAAGAUCCUACAUCUGUAGUUUUGUUUGUUAAUCGUAGUUCAUAUGUUGUGGAUUCAGAAGUUGUGUUCAUGAAGUUGCCUCAUUGUAAAUGAGAGUCACUGACUCUGAGACACGAGUCCAGCUAUUAUAGUGAAAACAGUGUGACUCACACAGUUUCUAACCAAAUUAUGCUAUUUCUGUCUGUCUGUGGUAACAAGCAUGUUUUGUUUGAUCCGUUGCCAUGAAGUUAUAGUGUCAUCUGAUUGGAUACAUAUGUAUCCUGUUACAUUGUGAGAAUUCCAAUCCUAGCAGUCAUUAUUAAAAGAGAAAGCAAAGGACACCAACAUGUGUCUACAAGAAGAGGCAUUCCAUUGAUAUUUUGUAUGUUAUGGAUUUUGUUACUUAUUAAAUACCAAAAAUGAA